AUGAAGUCCAUCAUCCUCUUUGUCCUUUCCCUCCUCCUUAUCUUGGAGAAGCAAGCAGCUGUGAUGGGACAAAAAGGUGGAUCAAAAGGCCAAUUACCAAGUGGAUCUUCCCGAUUUCCGCAUAGACAAAGGAGCCAGCACUAUUCUGGACAAAAAGACAAACAACAUACUGAAUCCAAAGGCAGUUUUUCUAUUCAACACACAUAUCAUGUAGACGCCAAUGAUCAUGACCGGACCCGAAAAAGUCAGCAGUAUGAUUUGAAUGCCCAACAUAAAACAACAAAAUCAGAACAGCAUCUCGGUAGAAGUCAAAGACUGCUCAAUUAUAAACAAAAAGGCAGAGACCAUGUUAAACCAAAACGUCAUUUUCGUCUGAUAGUUAUACGUCGUAAAGGAGGCCAAGUUCAUCAUGGGACACAAAAUCCUUCCCAAGAUCACGGGAAUAGCCCAUCUGGAAAGGGAAUAUCCAGCCAAUAUUCAAACACAGAAGAAAGGCUAUGGGUUCGUGGACUAAGUAAAGAACAAGCUUCGGCCUCUGGUGCACAAAAAGGUAGAACACAAGGUGGAUCCCAAAGCAGUUAUGUUCUCCAAACUGAAGAGCUAGUAGCUAACAAACAACAACGUGAGACUCAAAAUUCUCAUCGAAAUAAAGGGCAUUACCAAAAUGUGGUUGAAGUGAGAGAGGAACAUUCAAGUAAACUACAAACUUCACUCCGUCCUGCACGUCAACACAGACUCCAACAUGGAUCCAAAGACAUUUUUACUACCCAAGAUGAGCUCCUAGUAUAUAACAAGAAUCAACACCAGACAAAAAAUCUCAAUCAAGAUCAAGAGCAUGGCCGGAAGGCACAUAAAGUAUCAUACCAAUCUUCAAGUACAGAAGAAAGACAAUUUAACCAUGGAGAAAAGAGUGUACAGAAAGAUGUACCCAAAGGCAGCAUUUCUAUCCAAACUGAAGAGAAAAUAUAUGGCAAGUCUCAAAACCAGGUAAAAAUUCCUAGUCAAGAUCAAGAGCAUGGCCAUAAGGAAAAUAAAAUAUCAUACCAAUCUUCAAGCACAGAAGAAAGACGUCUCAACUGUGGAGAAAAGGACAUACAGAAAGGUGUAUCCAAAGGCGGUAUUUCCAUCCAAACUGAAGAGCAAAUACAUGGCGAGUCUCAAAACCAGGUAACAAAUUCUAAUCAAGAUCAAGAGCAUGGCCAUAAGGAAAAUAAAAUAUCAUACCAAUCUUCAAGCACAGAAGAAAGACGACUCAACGGUGGAGAAAAGGACAUACAGAAAAGUGUAUCCAAAGGCAGUAUUUCUAUCCAAACUGAAGAGAAAAUACAUGGCAAGUCUCAAACCCAGGUAAAAAUUCCUAGUCAAGAUCAAGAGCAUGGCCAUAAGGAAAAUAAAAUAUCAUACCAAUCUUCAAGCACAGAAGAAAGACGACUCAACGGUGGAGAAAAGGACAUACAGAAAAGUGUAUCCAAAGGCAGUAUUUCUAUCCAAACUGAAGAGAAAAUGCAUGGCAAGUCUCAAACCCAGGUAACAAUUCCUAGUCAAGAUCAAGAGCAUGGCCAUAAGGAAAAUAAAAUAUCAUACCAAUCUUCAAGUACAGAAGAAAGACGACUCAACGGUGGAGAAAAGGACAUACAGAAAACUGUAUCCAAAGGCAGUAUUUCUAUCCAAACUGAAGAGAAAAUACAUGGCAAGUCUCAAAACCAGGUAACAAUUCCUAGUCAAGAUCAAGAGCACGGCCAUAAGAAAAAUAAAAUAUCAUACCAAUCUUCAAGUACAGAAGAAAGACAACUCAACUAUGGAGGAAAGAGCAUUAAGAAAGAUGUAUCACAAAGCAGUCUUUCUUUCCAAACUGAAAAGCUAGUAGAAGGCAAGUCUCAAAUCCAGACACCAAAUCCUAAUCAAGAUCAGUGGUCUGGCCAAAAUGCAAAAGGAAAUUCUGGUAAAUCUGCAGAUGGAGAACAAGACCUACUCAGUCAUGAACAAGAAGGCAGAUACCAACAGGAAUCCAGUGGGGCACAUAAUACUGUAAAUAUAGAGCACGAAGUUGCCUAUGAUGAUCUUUUGACACAACAGUAUAAUGAAGACAGAAAUCCAAUAUCUACAUAGCCCUAUUGCUUAGAAACCACUUGAAAAGCUGGACCAAUAGCAAGGUGUCACCAGACCUCAGUGAAGUCUUUGAUGUUUCUGAGAUGCAGACUCCCAUGUGGUCUCAGAUUCUUGGCCCUUGGAUGACACCACCUUCAAAUUUCCA